CAGUAGAUAAAUCAGUUAGCAUAUUAAGAAAUGCAAUGAGACAUAGUAAUUUUAAGCAAGCGCAAUGUAUAAAACAUAUGUUUGCAUUAAUACAAAUUGAGAACAACCAAUAGCUUUUUACUUUAACUCACACAUUUUAAAUACACAGAUACUAUGCAGGUAUGUAUGAUACAAUCACUCUUUCUAAAGUCUCCACUCCUAGGACGAGUUUUCGUUGCUAUGCAACAGGGACGCGACUGGAAGUCUGCCUGCAAACAUGACGGAACGUACAUCGUCAGCUCAUAUGCCGAAGAAGCCUCAUUCGGCUGGUAUAGGAAAGUCAUUGUCUAGACCUGCGAACCGUCCUGUCUCUGCUCCACCAAAAGAAAAACCGAAGAUGGAUAUCUUUGCGAAGGAGGAGGAAUACAAACGCCUGAAUGCAGAGUUGGAAGCAAAGACAGCUGAAAUUGUAAGACAAGCAGAGGAGGUCAUGAGGGAACAAAAUGAAGUUUUGUCAAAACCAGUAUCCUCUCACCUUGAUAUUGAGGAUGAAGAAGAUCUAAGUCACUUUUUUAACAGAGAGGCGAUAUCAAUAACACAUUCAGAGAAGACAACUGCAAAGUCUGUAAGGAAGACAAAUGCUUUAAAGCCAAGCAAACCAUUAGUUGUCAACAAAAAGAGAUCACAAAAGACAAAGGUAAAUGAAACUGCGGCUGAAAGCGUUGCUGUCAUAGAAGACUUUGGGGAUUUCUCCCUGGCAAAAACCAUUAGCAACAUUGAGGGUAAACUGAAUGAUGGAGUUUUUCCAGAAGAUCUUGAGGACGAUGUCAUGCCCAGCGUCGGGGAAGAAAUGGGAUCAGAGGCCCAGAUUCGUUUUUUGAAAGCAAAACUUAGAGUGAUGCAAGAGGAGCUGGAAAGGCUGUCAUUUGAAUGCAACAAGAAGGAUGAUGAAAACAGUGCAUUGAGCAGCAAACUGAAACAGACUGAAGAAGAUCGAAGUAGGCUGCAGAGAACCACCACGAUUCAACAGAGUCAGAUAGAGAAACACAGAGCCAUGGCGGAGGAGGCAAACCGAAGAGGUCAUGGGUUACAACAACAAGUUACUUCAUUACAGAAAGAAAUUGAUGGACUGAAAAGAGCAGACAAACAGGCAGCAAACAGCCAUAGUGCCACAGAGGUCAGGUUGAACAGAGCUCUGGAGGAAGCUGAGAAGUACAAGAUGCAACUGAACAAGAUUAAACAGACCACGAAGGACACUGCACACCAGGAGCAUCAAAUAAUGGAAGCAUUGCAAGCUGAGAACAAGAAGUUGGAAAAGCAAAAGGCUGAACUUAUAGUUGGCUUUAAAAAACAAAUUAAGCUAAUUGAUUUAUUGAAACGACAAAAGAUGCAUUUUGAAGCUGCCAAAAUGUUGUCCUUCACAGAAGAGGAGUUCAUGAAAGCUCUUGAUUGGGGGAAGUCAUAAUGUACAUCACCUGAGAGGAUGUUUGGUGGAGGCCUCCAAUAUACUUAUUGAAAGACUUUACUAAGGAUGAAUCAUGCUAUGAAAAAUGUAUUGUACAUGUAUUAUGUGUGGAUAUUUUAAAGGCAUUGCUUUGUUAUAAAUAAAUGGU